AAAGUAUGAGUGGGUAAUUCUUCUGCCUGGUGUCCAGUCUUGCCAGCACAGUAUUUUUUUUGUGCUAACUAAAUCAGCUUAGAAUUCACAUUUACAAUCCCUUUUGGCAAUUUGCAUCAAUCAUGGUGCUACUCUCCACACCACAUUUUAAGUUUAAAUAAAGCCCCAGAUUGAACAAAUACAAAUUUGUAGCUUUACUGUUUAACAAUACUAGAUCUAAUAGUUGACCUGCAUAUUACUAUGUUUAUGACAUCAUAUAUGGGAGUGUUCAGGCCAUGUUAUAUAAUCAGACGUUUCUGUGAUUGGUUAGUGUAUGUCCACUAAUGUGUUUAUGGGAGUUAAUAAGGAUUAGAGAACCCUGAAGCUAGGUCAGUCAUACGAGCAUCUGCAGCAUGGCCGUAAGGGAUUACCAUUACUUAGUUCACACACAUACAUGAAACCUGUUCACGUUACUUGUGUGGAUGAGGCCAAAGACAGCAAUGCUAAAAACUACCUCACUUAUCAAGCCUGUGGUUUAAUUUGCUAAUUAGCAGCAUUUGAUCUCCAUCCUCUCUCCUGUCCAUUGUCCACAACCUGUCUCCGGUAUGACCUCGCUGAUUCCAGUGCCAAAGCCCUCAUAUUCCCAGGCCAGGGAAGCCCUGGUAAAAGCCAUUCCCCCAAAGGUCAUCUGCUUGCUGGCCUGUGGGGGAAGAGAUUGCCGCUAUGAGGGCCCGGUGUGCUGGAGACCAAGCCAACAGGCCAUUAAGGGUUUAUUCUCUAGCUGGAUGACUGAUGACAUCAUUGCCAUGGCAAGGCCGUCUACCAAUCUCAUUAAAACAUACAACAUAAUAGAUCAACUUAAAAGGUUGAACAUUAAAUCCAUCAUUAAUAUGCAGCUGCCAGGCGAGCACGCUCACUGCGGCCCUGAACUGGAUCCUGACAGCGGCUUCACAUACUCACCUCAGAUCUUUAUGGAGAAUCAGAUUUACUUCUAUAACUUUGGCAUGGCUGAUUUUGGCGUGUCGUGUCUAGAGGGGAUUCUGGAUGCAGUGAAGGUUUUGGCCUUCUCUGUGCAAGAAGGUAAAGUGGCUGUACACUGUCAUGCUGGACUGGGCAGAACAGGAGUGCUGAUUGCAAGCUACUUGAUCUACACAUUAAGGAUCAGUGCUAGUGAGGCUGUGCACUAUGUACGGAUAAAGAGGCCUUGCUCUAUUCAGACUCGCGCACAGAUCAGCCUGGUGUUUGACUUUGAGAGGCUCAUGGGCUCCCAGCUAGUGCAGUACCCAAUGCUGAACAUGCACCAUGGUGCACCAUUCAGUAUGAGGCAGUAUCUUCAACGCCAGGCCACACUUUUACAUGGUGAAGAGGCCCGUUCUCUCUCACACACACCAAAGAUCUUGCAUUUUCUCUGCAGCCUUCUGACGGCCCUCGCCCAGGGAGCACCCAUUCCUUCAGUUGUUCAACAGGAAUUAGAGAAAAAGGCAGGCAAUUUGGUUUUACAGCAAACUGUGAGGAAUGUUUUGGUACUACAGAGGUAUUUGCCUGUCCUGGUGGAUAGGGAAGACUCUUGUGAGUCUGUCUCGUCCUGGGAUGAGCCGUUUGGAUUUUUAGAAAGGAAGAGGGAAAUGCUUUUGAAUAAGCGAAGUUACAGUGAAUCAGACCUCAGCAAAAUCUCUCUGAACAAGGAUAUGAAGUUCAUUCACAAUUCCAUACUGUUUGGGAAUGGUGGUAAAAUCAAUAAUGGAUUUUUGAGUCAGUUAAAAAAGGAUAUAUUAACAAAUCCGGCCUCCAAUGUCUUGAUAAAUGAGUCUAAAUGUGAAACAGACAGGAUGAUACAUAUAACGUCAUCAAAUCACCUCAGUAAUCCCAAUGCUGGGAAGAGGGCAAAAUGCAUGGUGAAAACAUCUCAGGGAUUUCCAAAAUUCAGCUCUAAUAUAGAGCUCCGUAAAAAUAAUAAGUAUGGAAAAGUGUCAUUAGCAUCGAGAACUGUUGCCAAGGCGAUGGCACAAAAGGAGCCAACAGACAGCAAAGUCUUGCAAAGAAUUGCACUAUUACAGGAGGAAUUAAACAUCAGUGCUUAUGGAUGGGCUACACUAGCUAUGGAAACAGACGCAAAAGUUCUGAGUGCUCUGAUGUGGAUCUGGUUGGAAAAGCUAAAGGAUCCAGUCCUAAGUGCUGACGACAUAAGUAAACUAACAAAUCCCCCAUGUCCAAAUCCUCUAAAAACACUGCACAAGUCUCAGAGUAGCACUCUGUGCUGUUUGCUGAACUGUGUGGCUCAGGUGACGUUUCGGUGUCCACACCUUGAAAAGCCUGUCCUGCAGGAGCUUAUCAAGGCACUGACCAGGGUAACCAUCUAACCUUACAGAAGAAACAGACAGUUAUAACACCUUGCUGAAGGUGUUUGGGAGCAAAGUAAGAGAAAUCCAGUAUUUCUCACAUUUCAACAAGACUGCAGGGAUGUCAACAGUCGAAAAAAUAUCGUAGAAGUGCUGUGCCCAAAAUGUAUAAAAAAUAAAUGAAUAAAUACAUUAAAAUACA